AUGAAAGCGACGACGACGACGACGACGAUACUCUCAGCCCUGGUGGCGGCGGCGCUCGCCAGCUCCUCCGCGCCGCACAGGAGAGAGUCCUCCUCCUCCUCCUCCUCCUCCUCCAUCCUCGAGGCGAACCCCAACAAGCAGAGCAAGAUGGCGGCCGUCAUGGGGCUCAAGACGUCCAACUACCAGCAGAAGCAGGACGCCGGGCUGUUCGACCCCGGGCGCUACAAGGUGCAGGAGGCGACGCGGUGCCAGGGCGGCAAGGUGGGCGAGUACAGCUGCGAGAACGUGGACCUGCUGGGCCACCUGACGCACGAGGCCAUGGGCAGCCAGACGCGCGCGGGCAACGACCUCUGGGGCUGGACGCACACCGACGGGCGCGAGUUCGCCAUCGUCGGCCAGACGGACGGCGUCGCCUUUGUCGAGGUGCUCAAGGACGGCUCGCUGACGUACCUGGGCCGGCUGCCGACGCAGACGGAAAACGCUAUCUGGCGCGACAUCAAGGUGCUGGGCCACCACGCGUACAUUGUGGCCGACGCGUACGGCCACGGCCUGCAGGUGUUUGACCUGACCAAGCUGCUGGCCCUGAAUAACGGCAACGCCAGUGGUACCGCGGGGGCAGGGGGUGCGGGUGCGAAGCCCAAGACGUUUAGCACGCUGCUGGACCUGACGGCGUGGUACGUCGGGUUCGGCAGCGCGCACAACGUGGCGGUCAAUGAGGAGAGUCAGACGGUGUACGUGCUGGGGGCGGGCAAGGACGGGUUGGAUGGGGCGUGCGAGGGGCUCGCGGGCGGCGGCGGCUCUUCCAACUCGUCAUCGUCAUCGACAUCAUCACCAUCACCAUCACCAUCACCAUCAUCACCAGCAUCACCAGCAUCACCAGCAUCACCAGCAUCACCAGCAUCACCACCGUCGUCGUCCUCAGAGCCGUCCUCGUCAUCCAACGGCGGCCUCAUCAUGCUCGACGCCCGCAACCCAGCCAAGCCCACGCUCACGGGCUGCGCCGGCCAGGACGGCUACGUGCACGACGCCCUGGCCGUGACCUACCGUGGCGCCGACGCGCGCUACCACGGGCGCGAGAUCGUCUUCGGGUGCAACGAGGACACGCUCACCAUCUACGACGUGACGGACCGCGCCGCCCCGCUCGUCCUCAGCAAGACCACCUACGACGGCUUCAACGGCACGGGAGCCUACACGCACCAGACCUGGCCCGUCGACGGCGCCGCGCUAACGCACCUGCUGCUCGACGACGAGCUCGACGAGGAGAACCGCGGGCGCACCCCCGGCGGCGACACGCACACCACGACGUAUGUCUUCGACGUGCGGGACUUGACUGCGCCGCGAUGGACCGGGCGGUACACGGCGCCCGUGAAGAGCGUCGACCAUAAUCAGUACGUGCGCGAUGGGCUUAGCUACAUGGCAAACUACGGCUCGGGGAUGCGCGUCGUCGACGUAUCGGGCGUGGCCAAGGGGGACCCGCAGGGGAAGACGAUGCGCGAGGUGGCGCACUUUGACUGCUUCCCGGAUGAUGACGCCGAGGGCGGGAGCGCCGAGUUCGACGGCGCGUGGACGGCGUAUCCGUUUUUCGCCUCGGGCACGGUGCUGCUGAAUUGUAUAGAGAGGGGGGUGUUUGCGCUCAAGGUGAAUAGGGGGUCGACGUCGUCGACGACGUGA